CAAUAAUAUAUCAAUCACAAGUAUUUCAAACCGAACGGUUUAUGAGAGCAAAUCCACCAAAGCAUUCCGAAGAAACUACCUAUCGAGACGAUUAUAGGCUUUUUGAUUCAAGACCAAAAUCAGUAAAACCAAAGCUGAAAUCAAGUAUGUCUAUUCUUCCCUUGGAUAGUUUUGAAAUGAAAACGAGGAAAGUAUCAGUAUAUCAAAAAGAUUAUAACUCAACAAACCUAUUUAUUGGUAAUAUAUCUGGCAAUUAUGACCACAUUAAAGCUAAAGUAAAAACAUUUGUUUAUUUAAAGGUUGAUACUGGUCUAAACCUGACAAGCACUAAACUGCCCAAUGUGGACUUGACAAGAUCAGUUCUUAAAAAGUCAAUUCGAACAAAAUCAGCUAAAUGUCUCCUUUAUUACCCAAAGGCAAUCACUGAAGACACACUAGAGGAUAUCCGGGGAAUGGAUUUUAACGGACAACUAAACAUUAGAUGUAGACAAAGAAACAAAAACAUAUCAAACCCCUGGGCAAAAGCAAUCAAACUUCCUUAAUUACAUUUUCUGCUAAUAUUUGUUUUACUAAUUGUAAUAGUAAAUCAAUU